AUGUUUUCCUUGGGCAGUCACCUAGCAUUACACAACUCCUCAAUGUUGCAUUCUUUUGUGGAUUCGUUUUUUCUGGGCAAGAAGGCUCUGGUAAAAGAUCGAUUGCGUCAAUCAAUGGAAACCAUUGUUGAUGGACUGUUUGAAGAAAUGGUCGAUCAGGUCAAGGAAAUGCUGCUGCCUCCAAAAGAAGGUGCAAGUAAUGAUCAAGUGAAACCUUUUGGUUUUGAGACCACCACUUUUGCUACUCCAGCCAAAGCUACAACAAGCAACCUGCCUGUCAUUGAAAAGCAGAAAAACAAAAUGAUCUUUGCAACCAAGUCCAACCUGCCCGGUCCCUCUUCUUCAAAUGCUUCACAACCGUUUUCUGGUUUUUAUAAACGAAUGGCCGAGAGUGAUGGUGGCAACAACAGUCAGCCAAACAAGAAAAAAGCGGUCACUGUAGAGCUUCAGAUCGAUGAUUCACUUGAUGACGAGUAUGACUAUGGUGACGUGGCUCUCGAUGAAGGUGCUGGUGGCGGUGACACUGAACUGGCUAACAUCAGUGCCACCCCCAUCAACAAUGCUUCAAACGCUUCCAAUGAGCAACCGCAUCAACCGACUCAAUCUGGAAAGUUUCCCUGUACUGAACCUAACUGCACUAAAACCUUCAGAGGUAAUGCUGAUCUCAAACGACACCUUCGAACGCACAACAAUGCCAAACCAUUCGGAUGCACCUUUCCUGGCUGCUCUCUGGAGUUUGCUCUUCGCGGAAAUGCAAUUCGCCACAUUCUCAACGUGCAUCUGAAGAAAAAGCCUGGAGAACCUGAUAAAGAAGGAGAAGAGGACCUCAAUGAGCCACCCGAUCCAGCAACCUAUCUCAGCAUCAAAGAGGAACUUCUUUGA